CACUUGACAAUUUAAUUUAUAUAUUUAUAUUGAAGCGAAUAUUUAUUAUUUAUAACAAGCUUUUAAUUGGAAAUGUUUGGAGGCGCAUCAUUAGAAAAACAAUAUUCUGUUAUCAGCGCACUUAGUUUAAAAGUUCAAGAAGUAGAUCUUAUAGUAAAAGAUCUUCAAAAAAUAAAAGAGAAAGCACUUUCAGAAUUAGAAAACAAAAAGGCGGAACUUGGUGCCGACGAGGUAGAGGAUCUAAUUCAACGGCAAAAUGAUAUCGAAAGCCAAUAUACUAAAGUUGUUCAGGCAAUUGAUAAAGAACAGAAAGCAAUUAAAAGUCAUAAAGUUGACUAUGAUAAAGAGAUUAAAUCUAUACAACAAAUAGAAAGGGAAAUAGAAAAAUUAAGAAAAAGUUUAAAAGAACUCAUAAUCACAAUGAGCGAAAAGAAAAAAUCAAUAAGGGAAAGCCUUAAAAUUAUCGAAAAUUUGGAUAAACGACUUCGCGAUAUUGCUAAACGUAUACUAGAAGAGAAAGGGAUUAUACUGGCGGAGUUAAGCGAAGAUCAACGCAAAGAACGUGAAGCAGUACUUCGGCAACUUGAAGAAGAAAGAAAGGAACUAUUGCGACAACGAGAUGAUUAUAUGGAAGGAGUCACAUUAGAUUUGGAUCAAAUUCAAAUGGAUAGGAGAGAUUUACUUCGGGAAUUAACAGCGGAAAUCGAAUAUGAAACACUGAGCAUCGACAUGAUGUUGCAAGCAGAAUUACUGAUGGGGAAAAAAUGGGAUGAAAUGACCCUCGAGGAAAAGAUUCGGGCACUAUUACAACUUAGAGGAUUACGCUUGACUCCUUCCGGAAGAAUUCAAACUCUAUCUGGACGAUUCUUAACUUUGGCGGAAGUAGCGGCAAUGUUUGAAGGGAUCGACCUCGAAGCAAUGUUGAAAGAACUUCUAGCUGAAGAAGAAAAGGAGCAAAAGAGCGAAGACAUUUGCCCGAUAGAGUCCAGCAUUAAAACAGAAUCAACUACGUCUUUAAAAGCAUCCUCAGAGAGCAGUCACAGUUCCAGAGAGUCCGUAUUAGCGGGAUUAACUUCUGAAGACGUACACUAUUUAAAACAAACAGUGGGACGGCCACUGAUAAUGGCUAUAGCUGAAAUAACUGCAAAACAACCGAGUGAUCCUAUACAUUACUUAGGAAAUUGGCUUUUCAAGUAUCGCUUAAACGAAGAAAAUGAUGUGAUUCAACGAAAAGAACUCGAGGAAUUAAUAAUGGAAAGGGAGAGGUUAAUGAAAGAAAAAUUGACAAAAAUGUUUGAAGAAGAGGCAAGGGCUUGCAUAUUAGACGCAAUAGUCAGGGCAGAAGAGAGAGCUAUUCAAAAUCAGAUAGAAGCAGAACUGCGCAGAAUCGCAAUGGAAACGGCCAUGCUUGAAGAGGAAGGGGAGGGAUUGUACGACGAGGCUAGAGAUGUUCUUGGUGUUUAUAACGGACCUCCAGCUGGCCAAUCACUUUUGUAGAGUAAUCAAAUUAUCAAACGUGUGGUGCAGGAUUCAUUUUAUUUUAAGUUUUUUUAAUAAAGUUUUUUUAAUUCA